AUGAGCUUGAAAUUCGAACAUAUUCAGCGUGAGAAGGUACAAGCAUGGGCCGAGAAACUAAUAACACAUUUUAAUGUUGAUAAUCUGCGUGAAAAAUAUCAAGUAUUCGCCAAAGAGCAUCCGCUGAUUAAACUCUUCUUAUCCAUCUUUGCGGUCUUUGCAGCUGUUCCCACACUCUGCUUUCUCUUUUUCGUUGUACUUGCCACCAUAUUCGCAUUCGGUGGAGCGCUUUGUAUUGGACUGGUCAUUUGGUUGUCGGCGAUUGGUAUAGCAGGUUUCGCGCUUUUUAGUACGCUAGUUGUUGCAACGACUGCAACCUGCGUGGUGUUCUUUUGGGUGUCAUUAGCUGUAGUAAUAACCAAAUUGUAUAAAGCAUAUGCAAGAUAG